CCAUCACGCCGGGUUCAUGCAGAAUCCCCGGGGAAAUAACAUCGGACCAGAAACAAAGUCUCAUCCCUCAUCUGAGAAUCGCUCAAUUGGAGCUACUUGGCCGAACAAAAAUCUUUCUAACGGCUUAUUGGGGCGGAACAAGCGCGGAUUUUUCCUAAAUAUUAACCGUUGUGAUCGAUGGAUCACGACCGAGUUCACAAUAGUAGCCUGGCUGCUCGGACAUCGAGAUGCGUGCAGAUAUUUCUCUGUUGCAAUCCGGAAGAAACCGAAGUGGAACGGAAGGCACUGAGGGAAAAGGUGUAUCCAAAGCUACGAGAAUAUUGCAGACACAAGUAUGGACUGGAGUUCCAGGUAAUUGAUGCAUACAUGGGCGUGGAUCCUGAUGAUGUCCACGAUUUUGAUGUCCAGAAGCUCCGGAUGAAGUUGUUGGACGAUUGUUUAAAGUUUUCCACUGGGCCGUGUUUUGUGGCAUUAAUAGGAGAACAAUAUGGAAGUACCGGAAUACCAGAAGAAAUUGAAGCCAAUGAGUUUGAGAUGAUUCUCUGCAGAUCGCAAAAUGAAGGCCUUAACACCACGGUACUGGAGAAAUGGUAUCAUCGAGAUGAGAAUUCUGUUCCAGCUGCCUACCGCCUGAAAUCUAAAACUGAUGUCCUUCCUAACUACUGUAGCAAGACUGAGAGAAGAGCACGGGAAGCAGCUCGUGAAGUGUGGCGCGACAACUUCACAGAAAUGAAGAUGAUAUUUGCUACCAUAAUUAAGAAGUGUCUUAAAGAGGAAACAAUAAAACCAGAUCAAGCUCAAAAAUACUUCAUCUCAGCUCUUGAAGCUGAGUUGCAGCAUGCUGUGAUAAAUCAGCCCACCAACAUUCUACAAAACUGCAUUUGCUAUAUUUGCAAAAUUCCACACCUCACUCGUCACCUGAAGAAACUCCUUGAAAACCAGAAGGAACUGCAGGACUCCGAAAGACAGAUGCCUCAGGAUGCCCAGGAGCACGGCAAGCUCCUGAGACUGCGUGAUAAGAUUCUCCCAUCAUUGGCCACCGUCUCAGGUUUACGUGUUUACACUUCAAUGUUGCUGGGCAACUACAAGCAGGAUCACAUUGGGCAGAUGAAACAGGAAUACAUCGAGGGGCUUUGUCGGCAGUUCUAUACUGAUAUUGUUAUGCUCAUUGACAGCAGCAACAUCAACACACAAAAACCUGCAGAUAAUGUUGAUGGUGUGGUAGAGGAAAUGAUGAAGCAUGCAGCCUUAUGCAAUUUAUAUGCAACCCUUUCUGACUUUGAAUGGAAAGAAAAGGAUCAAAUUAGAGAAUACAUUGUUGGGAAACAAAUGAACAGCCCCUUCAUCAUUGUGGGAGGGCCUUGCACUGGAAAGACCGUUCUUUUGGCAACCUGUGCCAAACAGAUUUGUUCGUGGCUGAAUAAUUGUGAACCUAUUAUAGUCAGUCGCUUCCUCUCUACAGGCCGCAAGGUCUGCUUUCGGACUGUCCUGAGUGGAAUCUGUCAUCAAAUAGCAAAGACCUACCACAGACCUACACCAAGGUACUCUGACAACACUGAAGAAUUAAUGAACUGUUUUGUAACCCUUUUAGAGUUGUCAUCUGAACAGCAUCCGUUGAUAGUAAUGAUAGACGGUGUUGAUCAGGUCUCUGAAGCUGAUAAUGCCAGAACAGUUUGGUGGCUUCCAAAGAAUCUGCCAGCCUUUACCCGGUUAAUUAUUUCCACUACAAUAAAGACGUAUGGAAUUGCACAAGCAAGCAAAUUGUUGCACCCAAAUGAGGCAUAUUUUCUUGAGUUAAAGCCAAGAGAGAGGAAGGAAUGCAACAAAAUUCUCACACAACACCUACUGUACUCCAAUAGAAGAAUUACAUCAGGGCAGCAGAUAUUUGUGAAUAUGGCUCUGGGGCAGUGUACUCUUCCACUUUUUGUUAAGUUACUUUAUAAUGAAGUGCUUUCUUGGACAUCUCAUGAUGAUAUUAAUGACCAAACUUUAGGAAUAACCAUUCAUGACAAUAUUGAGCGACUACUUAAACGACUUGAGAAGAAACAUGGGGAGGGUCUCGUUUCCAGAGCUCUGGGUUAUAUCACACUGGCAAAUUCAGGACUCGUUGAGGCUGAACUGCUGGACAUAUUGUCACUUGACAACUAUGUGAUAGAACGCUUUUUACCUCAAAAUGAUUUGCCAGCUUCAGUGAGAGUACCAUAUUAUGCAUUAGCAAGACUACAAGAGGACCUGAGAGGGUUUUUAGUGGGAAAGUCACAGAAUGGAGUAAAAUUGCUUGUCUGGGCAAACAGACACUUUCCACUAGUUAUUAACAGGUAUUACCUCCAGAACCUGGAGACUGUGCAACAAAUGCACAAUGUCAUGGCAGAAUAUUUUAAUGGCCGAUGGUCUGGAGGAAGGGGGAAGCCAUUUCCUAUCACUAUGUUGCAGCAGGGCCCAGUGAAGGAUCAACAGGAGCAUAAGGGGAUUUCUGAACACAGGUCUUUGAUGGGAAAAUAUGUUGAUAGGCAGCAACCUUCACAACCAUGGCUUUUUCAAGUUCAGUCUUCUUCGGAAGGCCAUUCUCUAGUCUUCCCAAAUAAUAGAAAAGUUGAAGAACUGGCUUAUCAUUUGAGAAGAAUUGGAAGGCUGGAAGAAUUAUAUUUUAAAGUGUUUUCUUCAUUCACAUCCCAACAUGCAAUGAUUAAAGCUGGCCACUUGGUUCAACUAAUAACUGAGCUGGAAGAGAAUAAUCAGACAUUAAAUCAAAGGGGUCUUAGAUUUUUGGCAACCAUUUUGAAGAGUGCAUAUUGUUUACUGCAAAAAUCCCCUGAUCAAUUUUCAAUGGUUAUUCAGUUGAGACUUCUGCCAUUUGUAGGAACAUUCCCACAAAUGUUCAAUUUUCUGAUGCAAGCCUAUAAAGAAGGGCUCCAGCACUGUGUUAUUGUUGUGCUACACAGUCCAGUGAUUACUGUGCCCAGACUGCUUACCGCGUUGUGCACCUCUGACUUUUCUGCAGCCACUGAUAUCAUAGAAAUUCAGUCACAGAAUCUGGUUCUUGUGACAGUGGAAAGUGGUUCUGUAUAUGCUUGGAACCCAGAGUUUCAAAAACCUUGGGAACAAAUAAAUACAAAUGGUGUUGGAGUUACAGGAGCCAGAAUAACAGAUGGUGACCAAUUCCUUGUAUUAGCAACUGGACACAGCACUAUAUUAGUGUAUGACUUUUCCAAGCGAUCCCUCCUUUAUGAGGCUGAAGUGAGAAGAACAUUUGAUAGAGUCAACGCAAAGAUUCUUCAGUCAAUCAGCGGCUUUGCUUUGUGCAGUACAAACGUGGUGGUGUGGUUUGUUAAUAGCACAGUAGUGAGGGUCUUUGAUCUUAAUUCUCACCACACAAUCAGGCAGUUGAAUUGCCAACAUGAGGUUCAGUGUAUUUCUUUUUCUACUGAUGGAACAUAUGUACUGUGUGGACAAUUGCAAAGUACAGUCACGAUAUUUAAUAUUCACACUGGUUGCCAGAUAGCCACGGUUGCUUGUGAAUUCCAUGAAGCCCCUGUUUAUUCCAUUUUCCUGUCUGCCUCCAACAGAGAAAUGUAUGUUGUAGACAAGGUUGGAAAUAAAUUUAUUUGGGACACAGAAAAGCUAACCCAGCCAAGUCUUCAGGAAAGUAUUAUGUGUCCAGAUGAUGUAGAUGAACUUCUUAAUGUUGAAUUUUCUUCCAACUCCCUCCUAUUGUGUAAGAUGUCUUGUAUUGAACUCUGUGACACACUGAAUUGGAAUAUGUCAGACAUGUUCAAACCUCCAAAAAAUGAAUAUUUCAUCCAAGCUAUAUUGUCACAAGAUUGUUGUUGUAUUAUAGCUGCAAUCAGUGGUUCUGAGGCAUUAUUUGUGUGGAAGAGAGAGACAGGGCAGUGUGUUCUAAUACUUGAGAACAGGUUUGGUACACCACUGAGAUUAUCUAAGUGCUUUUCGCAGAAGUCUUUAGUAUCAUUCACUUCAAAGGGAUAUCUCAUAUCCUGGGACUUAGAUUGCAUAGAAAGAGUUUCAGGUCUAGCAAAGGCAGAAAAGACCAUAAAAACAAUUCUUUCGAAGCAAGGGAAGUAUUUUUAUACUUCUGAUGGUACCAACAUUAUACUCAAAUGGAGUCUGGCUUUCUGUCAAAUAGAGGCUACCUUUGCACAUGCUGAUCUCGUCAAAAACUCUGCUCUCACAAGAACAGGGGCCACUCUGAUAACCACAGAUGUGAGCGGUGAUCUUUAUGUCUGGGACACAAAAACUGGUCAAAACCUACACCGGAUCAGAUACAAUAUUGUGACACAAUUAUUGGUAACACCAAAUGAUCACUUUGUGGUGUCGCUUUGUGAGGACUGCAUUUCUAAGGUCUGGAAUCUGUCCAAUGGGCAUGUUGUCUGCAAUAUUCCCAUACUUCUAAAGAAAGCAAUAAUAAUGCCAGAAAGUACGUUCAUUUUGGGUCUUCAUCAACAUCGCCUCCUUGCUGUCAGCCUAUGGUCAGGUGGCACAGUCAAGCGAUUUGAAUGUGCUGACAAAUCUCACAUUAUUGCCUUUCAAACACUGAAAGAUUAUCCAGACUACGUCUUGCUAAUUACAUCUUCUGGAAACAUGUUUACCUGGAACGUUGCGGAAGAAACUUUUUACCAACAGGUCCAGCUCCCUUUCAAAUUGUCUGCCCAACUGGAUGACUUUCAGGUGUCUGAUAAUGGGAGCAUUGCAAUUUUGUCAGUUAUUGAUGAGAGUAUCAACGUCUUGGACAUUCUACAUGGAAAAUUGUGUGUCAUUGGUACCGAGGGAACUAUCUUUAAUCAGCAAUUGACAAGAGAUGGUCAAUAUGUUGUUUACAUGGAUUACAGAGAUUCCUGUACUUGUGACUUUCAUUCAAGUCCAACGCUUAAUAUAGUUCGAAUAACAGAUGGGAAAAAUAUUGGGUGCUGCUACUUGUGCAAAAUCCCCUCCAGUAUUCUUGUCUGUGAAUGUGAUUUAAAUAUCUUGGUGGGUUUUGAAGAUGGGAGUGUGGGAAUUUAUGCAGUUGCUGACUAUCCUAAUGCUGAGAGCAAACUUAAAGGCCAUCUGACUGAGGUGACCAAAGGUGAAUAUAUUUUUAAAAAGAAAGAUUGGUUGUUUAAAGACUUAUCUGAUGCUGUUUGGGUAGAUUCACUCAAUGAAUAUUCACAGUAACUUAUUUGCGUAUCUUGGUGUUCCAUAAAUACGAGCAGACAAUACCAAUCCCCUAGUCUUUUACAUUUUUGGACAACACACAAAGGACAAAGGACAUUUAUUGUCACAUACACCAAUUGGUGCAGUGAAAUUUGAGUUACCAUGCAGCACACAAAUAAGAUAAACACAACACUAUAGAAUUUAACAUUAAACAUAAAAACAUCCCCCCACAGCAGAAUCAGCGUUUCCCGCUGUGAGGGAAGACAACAAAUUUCAGUCCUCUCCUCUUGUUCACCCGUGGUCGGGGUCUAUUGAGGCCUCUGCAGUCGCCGCGACGGCGGCCCGAUGUUUCAGGCC